AUGUGUGGAACACUGGAUUAUAUCCCGCCAGAGAUGGUUGAAGGACAAUGGCAUUCGAGCCAUGUGGAUCUUUGGUCGCUAGGAAUUCUUUGCUACGAGUUCCUUGUGGGACACCCACCGUUUGAAUCCAAGUCUGUGGAAACUGAGGCUGACAACGAUCGUGAGUCAACGUUCCGCAGGAUUGCCAAGGUCGAGCUGACGAUCCCGGACCAUCUCAGUGACGAUGCCAAGGAUCUGAUUCGCAAGAUGCCUUCCCGUGUUCGCAUUUUGCGCCUUGUAAUGCGUACGAUGGUCGGUGUACCUGUCCACCUGGAUUUGCGGGAGAUAACUGUUCUGUUCCAGUCUGUGGGGCCUUACCCGACGGACGGGAUCGACCCCAACGCGAUGACGGCGAGAAAUGUAAAUGCAAGGAUGGCUGGACUGGUAUCAAUUGCAAUGUCCGACGAUGUUUGUAACGCGUUGGUCCCGACGGGCAAGAACGCGACCUGCUAUCAAGGCGGACUGACUGUCAUCGAGAACUUUCAGCAAUGCGAUGUUACCAAUCGAAAAAUUCUAGACACGCUUGGACCUGGCCAACCUCCAGCAAUCACCUUUUCUUGCAACCAGCAGAACAAGACGUGCGACUUUCAAUUUUGGGUGGACGAGGAAGAGUCAUUCUAUUGCCACUUGGACGAAUGUGCUUUUGGUCAAGACGUUCAAUAUGACAAGACGGUUACGACCUACAAAUGUCCCAAGAUUAAGUGCUCGUGCAUUCCGGACCGAAUGCUUUGCGGCAAGGAUGGAAGCGUCAAUAUUGAUGACUUUUUGGAGGAAGAGAUCCAUGGACCUGCAGAAUUCGAAUGCACUGGCGAUAACAAGUGCGUCUUUGAAGAACCGGCGAUGAACGAGUUGAUUAUGACAAUGUUUGGUGACCCAGCAAUCUACUUGAAGUGCAACGCAGGAGAGUGUCUUCACUAUACACAAGUUCCCGGAUUCGCUCGCCCUCCCAGACCCGACUACACUAUGGCGAUCAUCCUCUCAGUGGCCGGCGUGCUCUUGUUCUUGGUCUGCCUUGGUCUUGGUGUUUGUUACCUCGCCAAGAAAUCGGGAUCGUCAAGCGACGGCUACAUCUCCCUUCCUGACGAUGAGGCCGCUAAGCUGAUGGCAGAGCAUAUCCCGGCGACACUGAUGUUCAAGCAGAUGGGAUAUACUAUUGGCGAGAUGGAGGUUCUCAGACAGGUCAGUGGCCUGGUCAAGCCCGGUCAGGUCAUGGCCAUCAUGGGAGCCAGUGGCGCAGGAAAGACCAGUUUGUUGGAUAUUCUUGCGAAACGGCACAAGUCUGGCACGAUCCAUGGUCACAUCUAUGUGAACGGACGGACUGUGUCUAGCUCGGAGUACAAGCGCGUUGUUGGAUAUGUUGACCAGGAGGACACUCUUAUGCCUACACUCACUGUGUACGAGACUAUCCUUUACUCCGCCAUGCUUCGUUUGCCACGCGACAUGUCUGUGGCAGCCAAACGGUUUCGCGUCAUGGAGACAAUGUCCGAGCUCGGGAUCUUGGGAAUCAAGGACAUGAGGAUCGGCGCUAGUGGUCAACGUUCAAUCUCUGGCGGCGAGAAGCGUCGAGUGUCGAUUGCCUGCGAACUGGUCACGUCCCCUUCGAUCUUGUUCUUGGACGAACCUACUUCGGGUCUGGACUCUUACAAUGCCUAUAAUGUCGUGGAGUGUUUGGUCACCUUGGCGAGGAACUAUAACCGUACAGUUGUCUGCACGAUCCACCAGCCCCGAAGCAACAUCUUUGCCUUGUUCGACCAACUGGUUUUGAUGGCGAAGGGUCAUCUGAUCUAUUCUGGCGAGACGCGUUUUCUCAGCGACCAUUUGCGGAGUUUGGGGCACCCCUGUCCGGAGGGCUUCAACAUUGCUGACUACAUGCUCGAUCUGACAAUGUACUCUGGCAAGUCUGUGAGCAGGGCCGCCGCGAACAACACUGACACUAACAGUAACGAUGGUGUUGGAUUGGAGAAUAUGUUGCGCCAACGACAUGCAGUUCAGGACGAACAAGAGGAGCGACUUUAUGGACGUCCUUCUGCCUUACCCAACCCCACUGAGCCUGCACUCGGAUUUGAUGGCUUGCCUCGCUUCACGCGAGCUUCGAGUAUGGCGGACGACACGCGUCAAUGGGAGAGUGAGCUGGCUUCUAGAGAACAUGAACGGCCCAGACCUGCUGCCUCGUCUCCAGGCGAGAACACGACGAUCGGUAUUGAUCCUUCAGGAACUUCAGAUAGAGAGGCGGACCGCGCCAUAACGGCAGAGGAGGAGGCUGCAGCUAAUGCUCACUUGCUCUCUUUAGUGGACGGCUUCAAGCAGAGCGCCAUCUUUUCUGAGGUGGAGCAAUCUAUCGACUCUGCAGUCCAGGGUGUGACCGGCGCUGCACCAAACGGAGACAGCAGCAGCAAUGGUGGAGCGAACAAUGGACGGAGUACUCCCGCCUCGCAGCAGGCUUCGAAUGACAUUGUCUCUGGAAAGGCUGUGGCGACUUACCGUCGAGCAUCGUGGUGGAGUCAGUUCAAGAUCUUGGCAGACCGGACACUGAAGAACAUUUACCGCGACCCGAUGCUGAUGCUUUCACAUUAUGUGAUGUCGAUCUUCCUGGGCCUCCUCUGCGGCGCGCUCUUCUACAAGGUCACGAACGAUAUCCCUGGAUUCCAGAACCGCAUGGGGGUGUUCUUCUUUAUGUGCGCACUCUUUGGGUUCUCGUGUCUGUCGAUCCUUCCCUCGUUUGCCCACGAGCGUAUUCUGUUUGUCCGUGAGCGCGCCAACGGGUACUAUUCGCCCUUUACCUACUUUUUGUCCAAGGUGAUAUUCGAUAUUGUACCCUUGCGAGUCAUCCCACCGAUGCUGAUGGGUCUGAUUAUAUACAAUAUGGUGGGGCUAGUCGAGGGCUGGACCGAGUUUGGAAAGUUCUUCUUGGUCCUGGUACUAUUCAAUAUUGUUGCAUCGGGGGUUUGUUUGAUGAUUGGCAUCAUAUUUGAGGCUGUUGGGGUCGCCAACUUGAUGAGUAGCUUGGUCAUGCUGUUCUCGAUGCUCUUUGGAGGUCUCCUCUUGAACAAAGAAUCGAUCCCGGAACAUCUGUCGUGGUUGCAGAAGCUGUCGUUCUUCAACUUUGCAUUCGAAGCACUGUUGGUGAACGAGAUUACCUUCCUGCAGUUGAUCCAAAAGGAAUACGGACUCGAGAUCGACGCUAUCAAGAAACCUAACUAA